UCAGUCACGUUUGGCAGAAAGAAACACUUACGAGGGGUGGCUUCCCAUGGAUCGCGAGGUCGUCACAGACGAUCUUCCCCAUUUCCCAAGGUCGCCACUUCGAGAAAAGAUCCCAGUUUGCUUCCAACAUGUACGCCGUGCGCAUCUGCAUCUUCGUGUUCUGCGUCUGCUACUGCGUCGUCUGCGAGCCCGUGAGCUUCACAGACUGCGGACAUGGCAACAUUCGCAACGUCACCAUAGACACAUGCAAAAAGCAGCCGUGUAGAUUCAAGAUCGGCACCAGGGUUCCUUUCCAGGCCACUUUUGUUGCACCUUUCCCAUCGCCGAUGGCAUUCAACGACAUCCACGCCUUCAUCGAAAGGUCAAAGUUCCUCCUGCCAGAACCGAUCGUGGACGCCUGCCUUCAUCACAUAAGACCCGGCUGUCCCCUGCGGAAGGGACAAGUUUAUACUUACAAGUUCAACUUACUCGUGCGACACAUCUAUCCCGCGACCCGUGCCACGAUUGAGUACCGUCUGACCAACAGAGAGGGUAGUGUCAUCGGAUGCGCCCGCGUCCCAGUUAUCAUCGUCAGAUAAAAAAAGCCCAAAUAAAAAGGCUUAGUUUUUA